CUCGACAACCUCGACAGCGUCGGCGAGAACCGCGCCAGCAUGCCUCGCAUCCUUUUCGUCUCUGGCUUCCACCCCACCACCCGCGCUCGCGACCUCGCAUACGAGUUUGAACGGUACGGCCCCCUCGUCCGCUGCGACGUCCCUGCUCCACGCAACCCGCACGCCAACUCGAACCCUUACGCCUUCGUUGAGUUCCGCAGCACCCGCGAUGCCGAGGACGCCUACUACGAGAUGCAUGGUCGCUACUUCGAAGGAGCGAGGCUGAGCAUCCAAUGGGCGAAGCAUCCCCCCUCCACCGUUUGGCGCUAUGACAGGAGGUCUCCGCCGCGCCGUGACCGUGACCGUUCUCGCAGCCCCCGUCGCAACGGUAGGGACCGAGGCGACCGCGACAGAGACCGCGAACGUGACCGCGAACGUCCCAGGGAACGCGACCGUGAUCGUGAUGAGCGCGACAAGGACCGCGACAGGGAUGACAAGGGGAGGAGGAGCCGCAGCCCUGAGAGACGCAGGAGCCCUACUCCUGAGCGUCGCAGGGACGACCGCGCGCGUACCCCGCCUCCUCUUGAGGAUGGGAAGAAGGACGACGACAGGGCGCAGACGCCUCCUUAUGACCAUUAAACAGUCGGUCACCUUCGUUUCCGUUCCCGGACUUUUGUUUUCCUCCUCUCCCGAAAAUUCGUAGCCGCAUCUGUUACAUAAAGAGCCCGUUAUGAUUCCGCCAUGUACAGGGUCGUCUUGUCGACUAUCAAUAAAGCAUUUUAUUCG